UAAAAUAGUAAAAAAGUAAGAGAGAGAGAGAGAGAGAGAGAGGAGAGGGAGAGAGAGAGAACAAAACCCAAACUAGGAGAACAGAAAUCAGUCCAGAGAAUUCACUGCUACAACUAUUCAAAAUCCCAUCGUAUACAAAUACACGCGAACACAUACAUAUAUAGAGUAUCAUUGUAUCUAUAGGAUUGGAUUCUCGAUUUCGAUUUUCUUGGUUGGCCGAUGGAGCUCCAGAACACAGUGAAAGAAGCCCUAAACGCGCUGUACCACCAUCCAGACGACGCCGUUCGCAUGCAGGCCGAUCGAUGGCUUCAGGAGUUCCAGCGAACCAUCGAUGCUUGGCAGGUCUCUGAUAAUCUACUUCAUGAUGCUAGUAGCAAUCAAGAAACCUUAAUCUUUUGUUCUCAAACGCUUAGAAGCAAGGUACAGCGUGAUUUUGAAGAGCUGCCUUCUGAAGCUUUUCGCCCAUUACGUGAUUCACUAAAUAGCUUAUUGACAGCAUUUCAUAAAGGCCCCCCUAAAGUUAGAACCCAGAUUAGUCUUGCUGUGGCUGCAUUGGCUGUUCAUGUUCCUGCUAAAGAUUGGGGUGAUGGUGGAAUUGUAAAUUGGCUCAGAGAUGAGAUGAAUUCUCAUCCAGAAUGCAUACCAAGUUUCCUUGAGCUACUCAGAGUUUUGCCUGAGGAAGCUUUUAACUACAAGAUAGCAGCUCGUCCUGAUAGACGCCGCCAAUUUGAGAAAGAACUUGCCUCUCUUAUGGAGGUUGCUCUUGAUAUCUUGAGAGCAUGUUUGAAUAUUAGUGAACUUACGGAGCAGGUUCUCGAGGCAUUUGCUUCCUGGCUUCGUCUAAGGCAUAGGAUUCCUUCUUCUACGCUUGCUUCUCAUCCAUUGGUGCUGACAGCUCUUUCUAGCUUGAGUUCUGAUGUCCUACUCGAGGCAUCUGUCAAUGUAAUUUCUGAAUUAAUACAUUACACAGCAGCAAGAAACUCUGGUGGAGUUGUGGCACAUAUGCCCUUAAUUCAAGUGAUUGUGCCUCAAGUUAUGAGCCUUAAGUCACAGCUUAGAGAUUCUUCAAAGGAUGAGGAGGAUGUCAAGGCCAUUGCUCGUUUGUUUGCUGACAUGGGUGAUUCAUAUCUUGAAUUAAUUGCAAAUGGUUCUGAUGAGUCGAUGGUGAUCGUGCAUGCGUUGUUGGAAGUUGCUUCACACCCUGAAUAUGAUAUUGCUUCUAUGACAUUCAACUUCUGGCACAAUCUUCAGAUAUACUUGAUUGAGAGAGAUUCCUAUGUAUCAUUUGGAAUUGAAGCAUCCAUAGAAGCAGAAAGAAGUCGGAGGCUGCUGGUUUUUCGUUCAUCAUAUGAAUCACUUGUUUCCUUGGUUAGCUUCAGAGUUCAGUAUCCCCAGGACUAUGCAGACCUUUCAAGGGAGGACCUUAAGGAUUUCAAGAAAACUAGAUAUGAUGUAGCGGAUGUCUUAAUUGAUGCAGCAUUGGUCUUAGGAGGUGAAGCAACAUUGAAGAUUCUUUACAUGAAGCUUGUUGAGCCUGGAGGGAGCUCCGGAAAUGGUGAACAUAGCAAUUGGCGUUCAGCGGAGGCCGCUUUGUAUUGUAUCCGAGCUAUAUCAGAUUAUGUUUCUGUCACGGAAGCUGAAGUAAUGCCCCAGGUUAUGUAUUUGCUUCCCAAACUUCCUCAUCAACCCCAACUUCUAACAACUGUGUGCUUAACGAUUGGAGCUUAUUCAAAAUGGCUUGAUGCUGCGCCUACUGGACUCUCAUUCUUGCCUUCACUCAUAGAUAUUCUUGUGAGUGGCAUGAAUGUCUCUGAAGAUACUGCAGCAGCUGCUGCUUUGGCUUUUAGACACAUCUGCAACGACUGUGGCAAGAAGCUUUGUGGAUCCUUAGAUGGUCUUUUCCAUAUAUACCAAAGGGCUAUGAUUGGAGAAGGGACCUUUAAGGUCUCUGCUGAGGACUCGUUGCAUCUGGUUGAAGCUUUGAGUGUGGUUAUUACAGAACUUCCUUCAGACCAUGCUAAGAAAGCCCUUGAGGUUUUAUGCUUGCCUGCUGUGACUCCUUUACAGGAAGUUAUUAAUCAAGGUCCUUUGGUAUUGGGUCAAACAACAGCUCGUGAGUUAACAGUUCAUAUUGAUCGACUUGCAAAUAUAUUUAGAUAUGUAAAUCACCCUGAAGCUGUCGCAGAUGCAGUUCAACGUCUUUGGCCAAUAUUCAAAGCCAUCUUUGAUAUUCGUGCUUGGGAUAUGCGGACAAUGGAGUCUCUUUGUCGGGCUUGCAAAAAUGCUGUAAGAACAUCUAAAAGGUUUAUGGGACUUACAAUUGGAGCAAUGCUAGAGGAGAUACAAGCCCUGUAUAAACAGCACCACCAGUCAUGUUUCCUUUAUCUCUCGAGUGAAGUUAUAAAGAUAUUUGGGUCUGAUCCAUCUUGCGCAGACUACUUAAAAAUCUUGAUUGAAUCGCUCUUCAGCCACACCAUAUGUCUGCUUAAAACAAUCCAGGACUUCACGUCCAGACCAGACAUUGCAGAUGACUGUUUUCUGUUGGCGUCGCGGUGCAUCCGCUAUUGUCCUGAUUUGUUUUUCCCUUUGCCGGUAUUUCCACCACUAGUAGAUUGUGCUAUGAUUGGCAUCACAGUGCAGCACAGAGAGGCCUCCAAUUCCAUAUUUACUUUCUUAUCCGAUAUAUUCGAUAUUUCAAACUCUAGUCAGGGAGAAAAAUAUACAUCCAUCAGAGAUAAUGUCAUAAUUCCUCGGGGCCCCACCAUCACCAGAAUUUUGGUUGCCUCUUUAACUGGAGCACUCCCAAGUUCUCGACUAGAAACGGUAAUCUAUGCCUUACUAGCAUUAACUCGAGCAUAUAGGUCGAGAGCUUUGGAGUGGGCCCAGGAUAGCGUUUUGCUAAUCCCAUCAACAGCAGCGACAGAGGCGGAGAGGUCGAGGUUUUUACGAGCGUUGUCUGAGGUGGUAUCUAGGGGUGAUGUUAAUGCUCUCACAAUUUCCAUCGAAGAACUGUCAGAGGUUUGUCGGCGUAACCGAACAGUUCAGGAGAUCGUCCAAGGAGCCUUGAGACCUCUUGAGUUAAAUUUGGUAAACGGUGUAGUAGUCUGAGAGUAAUUUAAAAAGGGGCCAUUUUGCCUUGGCGGCCUUGGAUCUUCCGUUUAUUUAUGUUGAUUUGUGUAUCGAUCGUCAUUUCGCCAAUUUUUAUGGGUGUAUAUGAUUGGGAGGUAUAGGAAUGUUGUAUGUUUUAUCAAGAGAUGUGAAUCUUUGAGCGGAUUUUCAAUGGUCUUUUCUUUGCUUUUUUUCUUCUUGGUGGGAAAAUUGUGUGGUACAGAGAUGUAAAUUUGGUAUUUAAUGUACAAGUUUAAGAAUACUGAGCAAUAGAGCAUAGUUGUGUCUUGCCUAUAAACAUUGUACAGAUGAAGUGUUAUUUUCUAUGUAGGCUUUCUUCUUAUAAA